AGAUACACUUACGUGGCAGCUACCAAUAUCACGAGCACUGUAAAACCACCCCACCCUGUCUCCUCCAUAUUUUCAAACUCAUUUAAUCCCAAAAAAUGCACGCGCCGCCGCUCCCCCACGCGCCUCCGAUGAGUAUCGAUUUUCAAUAACUAUACGCACACUUAUACAUACACACAUGCAAGCCACUCCUCGCCAAUUACUCUCCUCUAAUUCACUCCCCAAAACCCUAGAAAUUUUCGCUCAAUCACUACAAAUGAAGGACAAGUCACGACCACCGCCCAGCGCCGCCGUAUACGUGCCGCCGCACCAGAGGCUCCGCUCCGUUAUCACCGCUGCGGCGCCGUCGCCGAAUUUGUCGCCGGUUGACUCCAAUUCGAGCACGAUUAAGAAGUCAAGUGAUCCAUACCCGUACUUGUUUGAUUUGCAUGAGGUUCAGGAGAAGAAGCAGAAGCAGGAGGAGAUGAAUUCGCAGCUCGGUUCGAAAAAUGUCGAAUUAUCUACUCAAUCGGGUGCUUUCACUUCGGAUAAUAUUGAUGCUUGGAAAUGGAAAUUAAUGACUCUUAUACGAGACAAGGAUAAGCAAGAGUUAGUUUCACGGGAGAAGAAGGACCGUCGUGAUUUUGAGCAAAUAGCAGCUUUGGCAAGCCAAAUGGGUCUGCACAGCUGUUUAUAUGCUAAAGUAGUUGUUGUCAGCAAGACCCCAUUGCCUAAUUAUCGAUUUGAUCUCGACGAUAAGCGUCCACAGCGAGAGGUGAUGCUGCCUCCUGGGUUAGAGAGGAGAAUUGAUGUGCACCUGAAAGAGUAUCUAUCACUGAAAACUAAAUGUGCAGAAGGUUUUCGGCAUGUAUUUUUCAGGUCAAACAGUGAUGUUAGUAUCUCCAGUGAUGAGGGUGUCUUUGAGCAACCAGAGCCACUAUUAUCUAGUAAAGCUGCAACAGAGAGAAUUAUGUGGAGGAGGAGUAUGCAGCUGUACACCGAGCAAAAAUCUUGGCAGGAAUCUGCGAUAGAAGGUCAAAAGAUGUUGGAAUUUCGGAAAGGUCUCCCUGCUUAUAGAGAGAAGAACGCAAUACUAAAUUCCAUAUCACAGAAUCAGGUGGUUGUCAUCUCUGGUGAAACUGGUUGUGGGAAGACUACACAAAUUCCCCAAUUUAUUUUGGAAUCUGAGAUUGAGUCUGUACGUGGAGCCUUGUGUAGUAUCAUAUGCACUCAGCCUAGACGAAUAUCCGCUAUAUCCGUCUCUGAAAGAGUUGCUGCUGAGAGGGGGGAGCAGUUGGGUGAAUCAGUUGGAUAUAAAGUUCGGUUGGAGGGUGUUAAAGGUAGGGAUACCCGUCUCCUAUUUUGCACAACUGGCAUCCUGUUAAGAAGAUUACUUGUAGAUAGAAAUUUGAAGGGUGUAACACAUGUGAUUGUUGAUGAGAUUCAUGAACGUGGAAUAAAUGAAGAUUUUCUGCUCAUUGUCCUUAAAGAUAUGCUACAUCAUCGGCCUGAACUAAGGUUAAUUUUGAUGAGUGCAACCUUAGAUGCGGAGCUUUUCUCGUCUUACUUUGGUGGGGCUCCUGUUAUUCAUAUUCCGGGUUUCACGUAUCCUGUGCAAGCUCAUUUUCUGGAAAAUAUUUUGGAAAUGACUGGAUACAGAUUAACUCCACAGAACCAAAUUGACGAUUAUGGGCUAGAGAAAACAUGGAGAAUAAACAAACAAACUACAAGAAAGAGAAAGAGCCAAAUUGCUUCUGCUGUCGAGGAUUCACUGAGAGUUGCCGACUUUAAGGAAUAUAGCACAGGAACAAGGGAGUCCUUGUCAUGCUGGAAUCCUGAUUAUCUUAAUUUCAAUCUCAUUGAACAUCUUUUAUGCAAUAUUUGUGAGAAUGAAAAACCUGGUGCUGUCUUAGUUUUCAUGACUGGAUGGGAAGACAUCAGUUCCCUAAAGGAUAAGCUCCAACUUCAUCCAACGCUGGGAGAUACAACCCGUGUUCUAUUGCUGGCGUGCCACGGUUCUAUGGCUACCCUGGAUCAGAAAUUAAUAUUUAAGAAGCCGGAAGGUGAAGUGAGGAAAAUAGUACUAGCUACUAAUAUUGCUGAGACUAGUAUUACUAUAGACGAUGUGGUUUUUGUUAUUGACUGUGGAAAAGCCAAAGAGUCGUCAUAUGAUGCAUUAAAUAACACACCUUGUUUGCUUCCAUGCUGGAUUUCGAAGGCUUCUGCUCAACAGCGAAGAGGAAGAGCUGGCCGUGUGCAACCUGGUGAAUGUUAUCAUCUCUACCCCAGAUGCGUUUUUGACGCUUUUGCUGAUUACCAGUUGCCAGAGAUUUUGAGAACGCCGUUGCAGUCCCUCUGUCUGCAAAUAAAAAGUUUAGAUGUUGGAAGUAUUACUGAUUUUCUAUCUAGGGCUUUGCAGUCACCGGAGUCACUAGCGGUUCAAAAUGCCAUUGAAUAUUUGAAGAUCAUCGGAGCUUUAGAUGAGAAUAAAAACUUGACAGUCUUGGGGCGCUAUCUUGCAAAGCUUCCACUGGAACCAAAACUUGGGAAGAUGCUUAUAUUGGGCUCAAUAUUCAAUUGCUUGGACCCAGUUCUAACUAUUGUUGCUGGUCUUAGCGUCAGAGACCCAUUCUUGGCACCGGUGGAUAAGAAGGAUCAAGCAGAAGCAGCAAAAGCACAGUUCUCUCGUGCUUACAGUGACCACCUAGCUCUGGUCCGUGCUUAUGAAGGGUGGAAAGCUGCCGAGAUAGAUCUAGCAGAAUACAGAUAUUGUUGGAAUAACUUUCUUUCUGCACAAUCAAUGAAAACUAUUGAUUCUCUACGAGAGGAAUUUUAUUCUUUGCUAAGAGAAACUGGGCUUGCUGACAGCAACAUAAACAUGCACAAUGUGUGGAGCUAUGACGAGAAUCUCCUGAAGGCAGUUAUUUGCUAUGGUUUGUAUCCUGGAAUAUGCUCUAUCGUGCACAAUGAGAAGUCAUUUUCAUUGAAAUCUAUGGAGGACGGUCAAGUUAAUUUGUAUUCUAACUCAGUAAAUGCCCGGGCCUCUAAGAUUCCAUUUCCGUGGCUGGUUUUUAAUGAGAAAAUCAAAGUGAACUCAGUUUUUCUUCGAGAUUCAACUGCCAUAUCAGAUUCUGCACUUCUUUUAUUUGGAGGAAGCAUUUCUAGAGGGAAUAUUGAUGGUCAUUUAAAGAUGAUGGGGGGAUAUUUAGAGUUCUUUAUGGAACCGAUGACAGCAGAAAUGUAUCAAACCUUAAGGAGUGAGCUUGAAGAGUUAAUUCAAAACAAAUUGCUGAACCCCAGGAUGGACUUGCAUGCACACCAUGCUCUUCUAUCGGCAAUGCGUUUGCUUCUUGCUGAAGAUCAGUGUGGUGGAAGAUUUGUUUUUAACCGUGCAGUGACACAAAACCCCUCUAAACCAAUGGUUACAGUGGUGGAACCACAAUCUAUGGUUUCUAGAACAGAGAGUGGACCUGGGGGUGAUAAUUCAAAAAGUCAGCUGCAAACGUUGCUUACUCGGGCUGGACAUUCUGCCCCCAUAUACAAAUCAAAUCAACUGGACAACAACCAGUUCCAGUCCACUGUAGAAUUUAAUGGAAUGCAGAUAAUGGGGAGGCCUUGCAACACUAAAAAACAAGCAGAAAAAGAUGCGGCUGCUGAGGCUUUGCAAUUGUUAUUGGGGAAAAAACAGAUGGGGCGUGAAUACAUUGACCAGAUGUCAAUGAUGCUCAAAAAGAGCAAGAAGGAUCAUAAUUAGAACUUUUAUAUAUAUGGCAAAGCACUCCAUUGCUACUUGGAGUAGCCAAAGUAUAUUCACAAGUCAAAACAACCUCUCAUGAUUCUGGGAAGCCGUCGCAGCAUCAAACAUCACAGUCAUGCCUAUAACUUUCACGUGUUAUCUAUCCUAUUGGUAUCCUUCUCUGAUUAGUAUAUAGAGAAUCGUCAUUUGGGUAUGCAAUGGAUAUGGACUGGGUAUCCGGAGGGGGCUGUAGAUAAAUUUUUUGACCAUUUUCAGGGCAGUUGACUAUACUGUCAUGGUCAGUGUUUCAGUGAUGAACCCUAAGUUUUAGUUGCAAGUAUUUUGGGGAAGAAAGCCGAGUUUCAGCCAUCUAGGGUAUCACUAUAUUCUGUACAUGUAGCAACAUAUUGCUGGAUAUAAGAUAGCUCCCAGGACUGUAAUAUUGCAUUUUCUUCUGUAAAGUAACAUAGUGAUCUUUAUGGCUUGAGGUUCUUGAUGUUGGUGGCCAUUUCAGUGUUGAUCUGCUGAUUGCUAUAUAGCACUUGUCUGUACUUGGUACUUUUGACAUUAUUCCCUGCAUCAUGGAAAAUUUACAGUAUGAUUUAUGAGUUGCAUGCCAA